AUGACUUGCGAUUCCAGCAACGGCUCCAUCGCAUUUGUGUCUCGGACGUCUAUCGCUCAGGCUUUCUUCCAGUCCAUCGAAUCGAAACUUUUCCGGAUUAUCGGUUCCGAGAUCUCAAUCCUCAAUCAACUCGCUGCUCUGAUUCCAAAGCUGCCGCUUUCGAGCUUCACUUGGGCCGCCAAGCCCCGUGUUCCAGAGUGCAUCCUUGACGCCUUACGCAGACAUGCCGACUGCCGUGUACAUUUACAGCUCCGGGCUGAGGAUUUCGGAGAUCGUAGUUCCGGGGACAUCACCUUCCCUUCUAUACAGACGCUGAAAAGUGUGUCGGGUUUGCGAUCGAUUGCGACACAUUUAAUGAGUCUCGGAGUAGUGGUGCCAGCUUGGGACGACGCUUCGAACGAGAAUGGUAUACUUCGAUUGCUUGGAAAACUGAUAUCGGAAUCACCGCUGAGAAGUCUUCAAAUCCAUGCCGCAGGCAGAAUCUAUCCACGACACGAGUGGUCACCGCACGAUGACGAUGACUUUACUAUCCUCACGGACUUCCGCUGGAUGACUGAUUCCUUCGAUUCCGCUCGAGGUCCGCUACGGCUAAGAAAGCUAGGCCUUACCAAUAUGUGCAUGUGCGGCCCUGACCAACAGACUCUACUUCAUCUUGGAGAAGUUCAGCUUGGGAAGUGUAUCUCCUGGAAGCAUCUCCGGGACGUUCAUUUCACCUGCCCAACUCUGCUCGGCGUUAUUGCGUCCGAGGAUGUCCAACUUCAAGCCUUGACACUUCGACUUGAUACAUCUUACCUCCAGGUAGACAAGUCAUGCAGAAGGGAGCCUGACUUCGAUAGUAUUAGAUCAUUGCUGUUUUCGCAGUUUAACCUGGAAUAUCUUGAGCUUUGGAAUGGCCUCCCGGUCAUAGCUUCUGGUGACGAGGAGACCGACAAAGAUCUGUUCAGCCACCUUGGCCGGUCCUUACGCUCUCUUACACUUCACGAGAAUGAACCGGGUAAUUUGGGCCCAUCUCCCAGGUCUAUCAUCAGCGUGAUGGCUUUGAGGUUACUAGGAGAGGCUUGCCCUCGUCUCCGUGACCUCGCUAUUGAUGUCCCUUAUAAGGACGCUGAGCUGCUCAAAUACCUACACUGCGUCUCCAGAUCGUUGUGGUUUAUUAGAAACCUCGAGCUUCUUGUCGAACUGGAGAAAUCCAACCAGAGUACUUUCCGAGAACCAGUCUCCGACCAAAGGUGCCGGCAAAUUUGGAACGAUCUUCGGUCGUCAUCGUCCCGCCUUCGCCUAGAAAAGCUCACUGUGUCUGUUGGCGCGAUAUUUUCCAACGAACGAAACAACGAUAGUGGCUCUAUGACACGUUGGCAACGCAGAUUCCUGGUGGAAGAAGAGAGGGCCUCAGAUGAGAAAACCCAGGCUGUGGUCAAACGCCUAGAGCUGGAGGAGUUUGAAGAGCGUUUACGACAUGACCUAAAUGCGACGUACGGUUCAAGGACUCACCAUACCUUACUAUGCUUCAAAGACAUUGCGGUAAAAGGCUCUCAAACCUGGAUCCCACCUCCACGCAGUGACCUACUUGCGCAGAGUAUGCGAUCAGCCGAUGGCCCUCCACGUCAAGUGUUAUGUGUCAACGAACCUCCGACUACACAUCCACUAUUUGCGUUUAGACCAGAUUUCUUGUUUGCAGCCAUACCUCCUCCAACUCAACAUUAUCGACAGACAAGGAGAAGAAAACCCCAGGGAAAGCUGCGAUCUUUGCUCCCGAAAGAUGGCACUUCCUAG